AUGAAGUUCUCUUCCGCCCUCGUCGCAAUCUACCUUGGCCUAGCUACGGCUACGCCUGUGUACCGCAGUGUCUCCAACAGCAAGCGUGUUGUUCGCAGAUCGUCGCAUCUCCACAAGCGACAGGUCCCCCAGGAGCACUCCCACGACAUUGUUCUUACCAUCACCAAGGAGAUGCUGGACCUCGACAACCCCAAGGAGAUUGCGGAUCCUGUUUUCGGUCUCUUGGGUGAUGCGGCUGCUGCAGCUGGCGCAGGCAAAGUCACAAACCUCGCUUGUCUAAAGCAGGAAACUGCCGACCAAGCAUACACCAACGCGAAAGCGAUUGGCGAUCUUCGAGGUAUGGCUGGAUCAUUGCUGUUCCAGGCCAUCGAGCGCAACACUGCCGGUGUUGGUGUUGCUAGCAAGCUAUGCACAGACAAGGCAGUCAACCCCGAGAUUGCGGCCCUCACGCAGCACCAGGAUGCCGCUUCGGAGGGCGCCGGUGCUAUCAACAAGGCUAUCACUCUGGAGUUGGCCAAGCAAUUGGCGGGUAUUGGUGCUGAUCCUAACCUGGCCCUGCUGAGUGGCACAUUUGCCCCUGGAGACGCCGGUGACUCAACUGGCAAAGGAAACUCCUGUGAUGAAGAGGAGCCUGACCUUGGCUGCAUCUUCUCCCAGAAGCUGCUUGUGUUGGAUGCCACAGAGGAUGAAAUCUCCUCAGCAGUGGCAGACGUGGCACAGACAUUCACUGGUACAGGUGGCAUCUUCGCAACUGAGCUGGUCGAUCUCGCUGCAUUCGACGUGGCCUCUGUCACAGAAGUUGCUGAUCUUGCUACGAUUGUUCAGGGCGCUGCUGGAGGAGCUGCCACGGAUGCAGCUGGUACUGACGCCGCCGCUACCGAUGCUGUUGCCACGGAUGCUAAGGCUACUGGCGAUGCUGCCGCGCCAUCAGCUACAGCUACCAACUCCGCCAACGCUGGGGCAACAGGUGGUGCUGGAAAGGGAAAGGGAUGCGCCGCCAAGUCCAAGGCAGCGGGCGGUGCUCUCAAGACUUUGGCUCCCACCGGAUUUGCGACUAAGACCACCGCAGCUUCUGCCACCGCUGGAAAUGGCGUCAAGGCUACAGACUCUGCCGCCAACGCCAACGGAGAUAACAUCCAGACCUUCACCGGUACCCUCGGUGGACCGCCUCCUCCCGUCGUCUCAUCGAAUGCCGACAGGCCCUUUUCGGUCAACGGAAACACCUUCAACGGUGCUAGUGUAGCUCUUGGCCGAUCCUGCGAUAUCCAGCACAACGCUUGUGCUGACGCCGCCAACUCUGGUGAGCUUUCUGGUGGUGUUGGACAGUGUGAGACUCAACUUGCGGAGUGCCGUGCUGCCGCUGGCGCUUAG